AUGUUACAGGGCGCUGUGUCUGUCACUCGGGAUGUUCAUCCAGAGACCAGCCUCGAGAGGCUGGUUCCCUUAGUAGAGUUCCUGGCGGAAUGGGAAAUGCUCCCUAAUGUUUCUCAGUGGGUCCUGAAUAUUAUAAAGAACGGGUACGCUAUUCAGUUCAGAACGCCUGCUGAACGCCUGCUCGGGGCCCACUGUGGUGGGCCCCGAGCAGGCUCUGGUAUUAGAACAGGAGGGAAGCUCAAGUUCAAGAUGCUCACUCUCAAGCAGAUCGUGUCACAAAUCAGAUCCGAGGACUGGUUUGUCACGAUAGAUCUAAAGGACGCUUACUUUCAUGCACAACUGUCACCUGCUCGUGUUGCUUCGAUUCUCGCCGCAGUACAUCAAGUCAAGCUAGGCCGGUCAUCCACUGUAAAACAGUUCCAGAGACUGUUGGGUCUCAUGGCGGCUGCGUCCAACGUGAUACCUUUUGGCCUCCUGCACAUGAGACCGUUACAGUGGUGGCUCAGAACCAGAGGAUUCUCCCCGAGGGGAAAUCCGCUUCGCAUGAUCAUGAGUUCGCGACGGUGUCAUCGCGCCCUGGUUAUGUGGAAAGAUCCUUGGUUUCUGUCCCAAGGCCCUGUGUUGGGAGCUCCUUGUCGUCGCGUAAUGCUAACGACAGAUGCUUCUCUCACGGGUUGGGGGGCGAUCAUGAGUGGUCGCCCCGCUCAGGGUCUGUGGGAGGACCAUCACCGUCUAUGGCACAUAAAUUGUCUAGAGAUGUUGGCAGUGUUUCAGGCCCUGAAACAUUUCCUCCCGGACCUAAGAGGCCACCAUGUUCUUGUCCGGACAGACAACACAUCGGUGGUCUCCUAUAUCAACCACCAGGGGGGUCUGCGUUCUCGCCCGCUUUACAGGCUGGCACGUCAGAUCCUUCUGUGGUCCCAGGGGAAAAUUCUCUCUCUCAGAGCUAUUUAUCUCCCGGGGUAUUUGAAUCAGGAGGCAGACAUCCUGUCGAGGCAGGGGCCGAGGCCCGGGGAGUGGAGUCUUCACCCCGAGGUGGUGGAGCUCCUAUGGGGACAUUUCGGUCGUGCCGAGGUAGACCUAUUUGCGUCCCGAGAGACAUCACACUGUCCACUGUGGUUCUCUCUCAGCCAGCCAGCCCCACUGGGGUUGGAUGCUAUGGUACAUCCGUGGCCGAGGUCACGCCUGUACGCUUUUCCCCCGAUCGCUCUGCUCCCAGGAGUUCUGGAGAGGGUUCGCCGGGACGGGCUCAGUCUCCUGCUUAUAGCCCCGUUCUGGCCGGCCCGAGUAUGGUUUUCGGACCUAGUAUCUCUCCUCGACGGCUCUCCCCUAGAGAUACCGAUCAGGAGAGAUCUGCUCUCUCAGGCGAGUGGGUCGAUCCUUCACCCCCGUCCAGAGCUAUGGAGGCUGUGGGCUUGGCCUCUGAGGGGGCCCAGCUCAUAGAUUCUGGUCUCUCGGCUGAGGUCGUUGAGACCAUCCUCCAAUCCAGAGCUCCCUCCACGAGGAAGUUAUAUGCCGCGAGGUGGAAGCUU